AUGGCCCUGAAUAUAUUUGUCAUCCUUGUGAGCAUUUCCCCUGUAUUGUCUGAGAGGGAUCUCUACUAUCUGGACAACUCUAAUGGACUUGGGAGGGUGUUCGAUGGUAUUGGAGGAAUCAGCGGCGGGGGAGCAACAUCCAAACUACUUGUUAAUUACCCAGAGAAACAAAGGAAUGAAAUCCUCGACUAUGUUUUCAAACCACAUUUUGGAGCGUCUGUGCACAUACUGAAGGUUGAGAUUGGCGGAGACGCCCAGAGUACUGAUGGCUCUGAAUCAACUCACAUGCGAACACCUGAUGAGGAAAAUUAUCAGAGGGGUUAUGAAUGGUGGCUGAUGCUAGAAGCUAAGAAGCGGAACCCGAACAUCAAGCUGUACGGCUUGCCCUGGGGGUGGCCUGGCUGGGUGGGAGGGGACACGGGGAACGUGUACGACAACCCUGAACAGACAGCCAUGUAUGUUGUCAAGUGGAUCAUUGGAGCAAAGACAGUCCACAAUCUUACAGUCGACUAUGUUGGGUUAUGGAAUGAGACUCCAUAUAACACAACUAACAUUAAGGUCCUGAGGAAGAUGCUGGACACACACGGAUGCAGCUUCACCAAGAUCGUGGCAGCGGACUACUUCCACUGGGACAACAUUGCUGGUGAUGUCCUGGCCGACCCGGUCCUGGCUGAUUCUAUAUACGCUAUUGGGGUUCACUACCCCAAAGAAAAUAGUUCUUUGUCUGCAGUUGCUACUGGGAAACCACUGUGGGCCUCAGAAGAUCGAGCUGUGAAAGCCAAUAUGAAGUGGAACAGAAAUUAUGUGAAUGGAUUCAUGACAGGAACCGUGAUAUGGGCGAUCCUGAGUGCGUGGUAUCCGGGACUUCCACUGAUUGGUUCCGGUCUUCUGAAUGCUGAACAGCCGUGGUCGGGGUACUAUGAAAUUCCCCAAUAUGUCUGGCUCGCAGCCCACACAGCUCAGUUCACUGAACCAGGCUGGCAGUACUUGAGACACGGUGUAGGGGUAGACAGGUUGGCGGGAGGCGGGACAUUCGUGACCCUUGUCAGUCCUGAUGGGAAGGACUUCACCAUCAUCCUGGAGACUGUGGUUCAUAGCUACAGUGUCUUCGAGUGA